AUGGUUUCAGUUUUCACUCUCACCAAACAAGCUUUGACUUCACUUGCUUUUGCUUUAUUGGCUCAAGGUUUUGUCAUUCCAGGCGGUCCAGAAAAUGAAAAAAGAAAUGGUGCCGGUUUUGUUUCAUUGGACUUUAACGUUGUCAGAGAUGCUCCUCAUCUCAACACUACUCAUGUCAACACCAGUGACCACAACUUGGCAUCCCAUGCUGCAAAGUUUGUCCCAUUAACUUUAGAUAAUUUAGGUCCAACCUAUGUUGCUAACAUUACCAUCGGUUCUAACAAGCAGCCUCAAACUGUCCAAAUUGAUACGGGAUCAAGUGAUUUAUGGGUUUUCGACAUUGAUCUCGAAUGUGAAAACGGCUUAUCUUGUUUUGGGGAUGGAUCACGUUUCAACCCCAAGACUUCAACCACUUUUGAAAGCUUGGGAACUAAAUUUUCUAUUGAAUACGCCGACCACUCCACCUCGGAGGGAACUUGGGCAAAGGACACUGUUGGGUUUGGAGGUAUCUCAAUCACGAAACAACAGUUUGCCGAUGUCAAUCUCACACUGUCCACAAACGCAAUUAUGGGAAUCAGCGUUGUUGGAAGUGAGUCUCACCAACUAGGCUAUGACAACGUCCCCAUCACUUUGAAGAAGCAAGGCAUCAUCAAGACCAAUGCUUACUCAUUGUUCUUGAACGAGCCGGAGGCCGCAACUGGCCAAAUCAUUUUCGGCGGUGUUGACCAUGCAAAAUAUUCCGGCAGCUUGAUCGAGGAGGAGAUUCAGACAACGGUUCCUCAGAGAUUGGCAAUCAAUUUGAACGAGUUGAAUUUCAAUGGUACAAAGUACAAUAUUUCCACCCCAGCUUUGUUAGAUUCUGGUACCACGCUUACUUAUUUGGAAAAGAAUGUUGCUGAUUCGCUCGCCGCCAAGGUUGGUGCUGUGUGGUUCCCGCUUCCAACUGGAGGCGCUUAUGUUCUUGGAUGCGGCGCUGGAGCUUCAGGAGAUGCACUCUUUACCUUUGAGAAAGGAGCUGCAAUCCGUGUGCCAAUGAGUGAAUUUUAUUACGGCCAAGGGCUCUGCACCUUUGGAGUCCAACCCAUUCCAGAGGAAUUGGGUAUAAGCGCUCUUUUGGGGGACAAUUUCCUCAGACACGCCUAUGUGUUGUACAACCUUGAUGCAAACACCAUUAGCUUGGCACCCGUUAAUUUCACCGACAAAUCAGACAUCGAAGCUAUCUAG